CCUCCGUUCACCAAUGUUGGACUGGAUGUUUUUGGGCCGUGGUUGGUCAUGACACGACGCACAAGAGGAGGGGCUGCAGACAGCAAACGCUGGGCUUUGCUCUUCACAUGCAUGUCUACCAGAGCGGUGCAUAUUGAACUGAUUGAAUCCAUGUCAACAGACAGUUUUAUCAAUGCCUUAAGAAGAUUUUUCUCUGUUCGUGGUCCAGCAAAGCUCCUGCGCUCUGACAGAGGGACUAACUUCGUCGGGGCUUCAAAAGAGUUAAGGAUUAACACAGACGACACAUUAAUCAGGAAGUACCUCCAGGAGAAAGGAUGCUCUUGGGUUUUCAACCCCCCUCAUGCCUCCCACAUGGGUGGUUCCUGGGAGCGGCUCAUCGGAGUAGCCAGGCGCAUUCUGGAUGCAAUGUUGCUUCAGACGGGAUCAGUACGUCUUACACAUGAGGUUUUGAGCACUUUCAUGGCAGAGGUGAUGGCGAUCAUCAACGCAAGACCCCUUGUGUCUGUGUCUACUGACCCAGAUAUGCCUGCAGUUCUAACCCCCUCAAUGCUCCUGACUCAAAAAAUGAGUGCAGUUUCAGCACCUCCUGGAAACUUCGAUACAGCUCAGUUGUUCGGAAAGCAAUGGAAGCAAGUUCAGUGCCUUGCCGACACCUUUUGGAAGAGAUGGAAAGGAGAGUAUCUGUCUACUCUGCAGAGCCGCAGGAAGUGGACGCAAGACAAGCCGAACGUCAAAGAAGGAGACGUCGUCCUUCUCAAAGACAGUCAAGCCCAUAGGAACGAAUGGCCAAUGGGAUUGGUUGUUAAGACUUUUCCAAGCAGUGACAAGAGGGUCCGCAAAGUAGAAGUGCGGAUUGUGAAGGACGGGACAGCCAAGGUGUUCCUUAGGCCUGUAACAGAAAUUGUUGUCCUUCUUGCAGAGUCUUAGAGAAAGAACUCUUAAUAUGUUGUUUUCAGUGGACAUUCCCUUUCAAGUUCAAUUGUAUUUGUCGUGAUAUAAUGUUAUUAUCUCAAGCGGGGAGUGUGCUGCCUAUUUCUAUGUUUAUAGAGUUGGGACAUGUUUUUUGGCUCAGAGUGAGCGCUCCUUGGUUUUGUUGGUUUGCUGGGGGCUUGUCAGAGUGAGCGCUUGCUGCUUUGCGAGGAUCUUUGUAAACGGAGCACGGAGAUCAACACAUGGAGCAGAGACGUCAUGUAAACUGUGUUCGUGUCUGUGAUGCUUGAGCCUUGGAGACUAUUUGUCUUUUUACAAAGUAAAAGAAG